GCGGCCGCUGAAUUACGAUGGCGUCUCCUCUGGCUCGGUCGUCUCCGGCUGUCUAGGGGGCGUCCUGAAGUACUCUCCCGGCAAGGGUGGAACGACCGAGGGGGCGAGGCGGGCGGCAGAGGCGCCGCUUAGGCAGGGGAACGCGAGCAAUGCGCCCGGCGGCGCGGGGCGGCGCGGGGCCGGAAUUUUAGAGCUCUGUCACUGUUAAUUAAAUACAGUUGGAUGUGUUUGGAGUAGUCAGCUAAUGUAGAACACCUAGGCUUAAGAGAAAAGCCGCCCGAUAGUUUCCUUAGAACUUCUACAGCCUCCCCACAUACUAAGUGAAAGUUCAAGGCAGACACUAGGAGAGAUGUCAGAAGACUCGGAGGAGGAAGACUAUUCAGACAGAAGUAUCAGCGAUGAUGAUGAAUCGGAUGAGGUUGCGUUUGUGAAAUUUGUAAGCGAUGAUAUCCAUCGGUGUGCACUGCUAGCAGAUUAUAUUGGUGACCCAUUCUUCCCUCGAACUACACAGAUUUUAUUGGAGUAUCAGCUAGGAAGAUGGGUACCACGCCUCCGUGAACCACGGGAUUUAUAUGGUGUCUCUUCUUCUGGUCCACUGAGCCCAACACGGUGGCCAUACCACUGUGAGGUCAUUGAUGAAAAAGUCCAGCAUAUUGAGUGGACUCCUUUUUUUCCUGAGCCAGUAUAUGUCCCAACGGGCAUGGAAAUAGAACCUGUUUACCCAAACUCCAAGGAAGAUACUGUGGUUUAUCUAGCUGAAGACGCUUACAAAGAGCCCUGUUUUGUGUAUUCCCGCGUUGGGGGUAACCGGACGUCCUUGAAACAGCCCGUGGAUAACUGUGACAACACUUUGGUGUUUGAAGCGAGGUUUGAGAGUGGUAAUCUACAGAAGGUAGUCAAAGUGGCAGAUUAUGAAUAUCAGUUGACUGUGCGCCCAGACCUCUUCACAAAUAAGCAUACUCAGUGGUACUAUUUCCAGGUCACUAACACCCAAGCAGAAAUAGCCUACAGAUUCACUAUUGUCAACUUCACCAAGCCCUCUAGUCUUUACAAUCGGGGUAUGAAGCCACUGUUCUAUUCUGAAAAAGAGGCCAAAAUCCAUAACAUUGGCUGGCAGAGAAUAGGAGACCAAAUCAAGUAUUAUAAAAACAACCUGGGACAAGAUGGGCGCCACUUUUUUUCUCUUACAUGGACAUUUCAGUUUCCACACAGCAAGGAUACUUGCUACUUUGCUCACUGCUAUCCAUACACUUACACCAACCUUCAAGAAUACCUUUCUGGCAUCAACAGUGACCCAGUAAGAUCAAAGUUUUGUAAAAUACGUGUCUUGUGCCACACACUUGCUAGGAAUAUGGUGUAUGUCUUGACAAUCACUACUCCCUUGAAGAACAGUGACUCAAGAAAGCGCAAGGCUGUGAUUUUGACUGCAAGGGUUCACCCAGGAGAGACCAACAGCUCUUGGAUCAUGAAAGGCUUCCUAGAUUAUAUUUUAGGAGACUCGAGUGAUGCACGGUUGCUUCGGGACACUUUCAUCUUCAAGGUGGUACCCAUGCUGAAUCCAGAUGGUGUGAUCGUGGGAAAUUACCGAUGUUCCUUAGCUGGACGGGAUUUAAACCGUAACUAUACAUCUCUCCUGAAGGAAUCUUACCCUUCUGUUUGGUAUACAAGGAACAUGAUCCAUAGGUUAAUGGAGAAACGAGAAGUUAUUUUAUAUUGUGAUCUUCAUGGCCAUAGUAGGAAACAGAACAUUUUCAUGUAUGGCUGUGAUGGAAGCAGCAGAUCUAAAACAAAAGGAUUAUACUUACAACAACGAAUCUUCCCACUUAUGCUGAGCAAAAACUGCCCAAAUAAAUUUUCCUUCUCAGCUUGCAAGUUUAACGUUCAGAAGAGCAAGGAAGGGACAGGAAGGGUUGUGAUGUGGAAGAUGGGCAUCAGGAACAGCUUCACCCUGGAGGCCACCUUCUGCGGAUCUACUCUUGGUAAUAAACGAGGCACCCACUUCAGCACAAAAGACUUAGAGUCAAUGGGAUAUCAUUUUUGUGAUUCUCUAUUGGACUACUGUGAUCCUGACCGGAGCAAGUAUUUUAAGUGCCUGAAAGAAUUAGAAGAAAUGGAAAAACAUAUGAACUUGGAAAGAGGCUUUGAUGAUUCAGAUACUUCUCUAGUAGAAAUAUCAAUGGAUGUGGAGUCUAGUAGUCGAGGCUCUGACAGUUCAGAGUCUAAUGAGACUCCGACCUAUCUUCUCAAGCUGACCUCUCAGGGGAAAAACAAGAAAAAGUAUCUGAAAACAAAGAGGGAAAGAAAUGCCACCUUAGCAAAGCGCCGGAAUUACGCAAGAGAGGUUUAUGGUAAAGAACAUUUGCUCCAAAGACACGAAGAAUCAAAUUCUGAUGUGAAAGAUCCAAGGCCAACUGUACCGGAUGUUUAUGUGGCUCAUUGUUUCAGAAGACCAUUGCCUAAUCAAGGCUUGGUGAAGAUUCCUGGACACAGCUUUUAUGCCCGAAAAACACACCCAAGCUCCCAACGUGUGAGUCAGAGUCUUAUCAAAGAGCAACGGACACAUAUUUUAGAAACUUGUAAGGGCCCAGUCCAGGAAGCAGUUCAGUCCAAAGGAACCGACAUGUAUGAGAGCUGUUUCAAAGUGGCAUCCCUGAAGUGUCCUGUGAGCAAACAAACUUCAAAUUGGAUUGAGAAGACGAGAAUACCAACAGAGUCACAUCGUGAACUGAAAAGCAAAGUAAAAAGAUGUGCAUCUUUCCAAAGCAAGAGGACUGGUAUAAAUUGGACAGAUGAUGAAAAAAGAAUCUACAGAGAUAAAAGAAUAGCUCAGACCCAGGAAAUACUACAGUAUUUACUCCCUAUCGUGGAAUCCUCUAAAAGCAUGAAAUCUACUCAAAUGAAAGACCUAUUCACUUCAGGAGCUGACUUCCAGCAACAUCAACUCAUUCCAACUGCUAGCAUAAAUACAAGAAGAUACAGCCUACCUUGGACACCAAGCAGAAAGCUCGCUUUGAAAACCGGAAGGAAUCUUGUGACAGAUACCGCAGAAUGGCUCCAGCCUGUGCCCCAGAGAUCACUAGAAUAUUUAUCAUCCCUCUGCCGUCUUCAGAAGAGGAAAAAGCAUUCUGAACCCCGGGCCAGACACACUGAAUAUAUGAUGAAUAUAUAUGGCCGCAAACGGGAGACUAUUCCCUCACAUCCUAAAACGGAUGCCAACGCUGUCAGUGGUAACAGCCUUCAGCCUGCAGAAUCCACCCUGAAGAGCUCUCAGCAGACAGUUCCUCAUCUAACUAAAAGCAACAAGAAACCAAAUGAGAGUAACAGCCCUCUCACCUUGCGUCUGAAGUUCCACGGCAACAGUUAAUCAAGCUGAAAGUGCUUCCGGAACUGUGGUUGAUGGAGAUGCUCCGACACAGUAAAAAUCAGCAGCCCCUGCCCUGCCCUGCCCUGCCCUGCCCUGCCCUGCCCUGCUCUGCCCUGCCCUCUUCACAUGCAUCUUCCUUAGAUGAAACAUCUUUCAGAGACUUUAAAAAAUCCAGAGGAAAUAUAGAAAAGUUAAAAAAACACAUAUAUUUAAUUUGUAUCAACAUGGAAAAAAGCUUGAAAUUUUUGAUUUCUUGCAAAAUUAUGUGUGUAUAGAACAAAAAGAAACUAAGACUUGAAGGAAGAACAUGCUAUUAAUGAUUUCAGUCACUUUGAUGAACCAGCAGUCAUAUUCCAUGUUUCUUUUAUAUAGUUGGUGUGCUAUAAAUAGCACAGGAGAAAUAAACAAUAUUUCUCCCUUCUAGAAGAGCAUCAUAUAAUUGUUCCCAGGAGCUCACAUGAUAGCUUGGCAUAGGGCACACGAUAGUAAUCCCAGCACUUGGGAAGUAGAGGCAGAAGGAUCAGGGAUCCAGGCUUUUAAAUGUUGGGCAACAUUUAAAAGCAGCAAGAUAAAUAUUAAUAAUAACUGAAUAGUAAAACAGUAAUUUAUGUACCUCCAGCUAAUGAACUAACACAUAUCAGAAGAUGCUAACUGUACAGACCAAAGGGUGGAACCAAAUAACAUGGAAAUAUAUUAUGGUUUCAAAGUCAUUUUACCUCUCCUAGUUAAGCAAAGUUUUAAAAGAUUAGAAAUGCCCUUUCUCCUAGGGCAGCAAGUGCUCGCCUCCAGCCUUUCACUCAAGUGGGUAUUUCGGAAGUAAAUCCUACACCUCACUUUUGUCUUAAGGCAGUGAGCAGUCAGGCUGUGGGGUGGGUGGUACACGCUAUCUCCCAAUGGUUUAGGAGCCUGACUCAAAGAUCACAAGUUCAAGGCUUGUCUGGGCUUACAGCGUGAGUUCAAGAGUGGUCUCAGCAACCUAAUGAAUGCUGUAUCCAAACAAAAGACUGAAACAGCACGGAGGGAAACGGAGGGUGUAGCUCGGUGACAGAGAACUACCUGCCGAGUGUGGGGAGACCCUAGUUCACACCCCAGUGUCACCCGAAAAUAGAAAUAAUACAGUGAGUACGAGGAGGGAGUCCCGCAACACGUUCAGCCAGUGUGUCAGUCAGGACGAAGGCGAGCGAGGGAGGAAGCAGGCCGCCAGGCCUGGGACUCGAGAGGCACGGGAGACAUGACAUAGGUCUAAGGAGGUUCGCGGUCAGUGUUUCUAGUAGCCGAAAGGGACUUGAGAGCUCACUGCGGUGUUAAGAGAAUAAUGCGAUUUGUAGGGAGCGUUGACCAUAAAUUUCCUCGCGAACCCUUACACACACGGCAGGGAGCAACUGUGUUCCUCAGUAAGAAGGACUGUGUUUGGGGGGCGGGUAGGUAUCUGGGUUCCCAGAGAGGUCCCUAAUUUCUUUCCUGGGAAUUCUUACCCUGGUAACUGACACCAUGGAGGAGCACGAGC